GUCAAACUCAAUGCCAGAAUAUAUAUGAAAAAAGAAUAAUAAUAAGAAGAAAAAAAAAAUUGUGUUCACAUCUAAGCCAAAACAAAAACAAAGCACAGCAAAAAAGCGAGAAAUUUAUAAAAACAAAUCAAUUUCGUGCGAUUUGGUCCAUAUUAAAUGACAGUGUUUGCAAUUGAUUUGCGUACAGGGAUUAGAAAAUAGUUAGUUUGCUUUAAACAAAGAAAAAAAACGAAAAACAGAAGACGGAAGAAAAAUUCGUGAGUGUGCGGACGAUAGAUAGAGUGUGUAAAGAUAGAAAGAGAGAGAAAAAAAUGGCCACAUACAAUAAUAAACAUUGGUUAUUGUCGCACAUUCGAAAUUCAUACAUUGGAACGGACGAUACGGGGAUGUGUGAAGCGGUAAUGUUGUCGGAUGAUUUGCCCAGUCGAUACAUUGAGGCGUGUAAGGCGCGACGAGAAACUCCACAAGUGUCCCAUACCUCAUCCACAUCCAUGAAAUCCACGCAUCACCAUCACCAUCCGCAUCAGCAUCAUCAUCAUCACCAUCAUUCGCAUCAUCAUAACCAUCGGACGGGCAUCGAUGAAAACUACGAAUGGUAUCCGGGGCUUGAUCAAAGCGAUGACGAAGAUUUGGAUCCGCUCUCACAAUCCUAUGACAUUCAUAUGGAUCAAGAUCAUGGUUUGCGCAAGCAUACAAAUGCCACAUCGCAAAAGCAUGACAAAUUGGAUGCCAGCCGACGGCGUGCAUCUAAAGUGCGUAGCAUUAAAUUGGAAGACAAUGUACCUGUACUCACCGACACCGAAAUCGAUGAACUAUUCACGCGUCGCAUCGAUUUUGGCAACAAAUCAACAACAACAACACAAACAAAUGGCCAUACCAAUGAUGAUUCGACCACAACCGAACCCAAGCAACCGGAAUCGUUGCUGGCUCAACGGCUGGAAGAAGUACGACGUCAACCGGUGAAUAAAUUUCAAACCUAUGCCCGUUUUGAUGGCAAUCAAAUGAGUGUACCAACCAAAUCGUUUAAAAUCUUUUUAACAAUGCUGCCCAAAGAACAGCAAAACUAUCCGAUGGACAUUUGUGUGGUGGCAACGGCACGUAUUCAAGAAUUUAUCGGUUUGAUUUGCUACAAAUGCAGCAUUACAUACACUGAUGUACCUUUAUUAUCCGUUCAAAAUUAUGGUCUCUAUAUUACGGAGGGUGAUGGCGAAAUUGAUGACUUUCCACCGUUGGACCUACGUGAACCGUGCUCAAAGUUUCGGUUUAGCCAUUUGGCAUUGGUCGAACGCAAAAAUACGGAUCCAGUGAUGCGACAGGAUAGCCGACCCAUUUCCGAAACGGAUAGCAUUUUGAAUGGACCGAAUCAAGAUUCGAUUGUGAGCCAAUCGGCAGCGACCAAUCAACAGGAUUUGGAGCGAAUGAAAGGCCAUACCAUACAAAUGGAAGCACCAUUGUAUCGAUCGUAUCGCGUGAGAAUGUUCACGAAGGGCAUUUUUAAAACGGACAUUCAGCUCGGUAUUUCCGGUGAAAAACUCGAAAUUGAUCCCGUUCAACCGCAAAAUUCGAAAUUCUUUCGCCAAAAACCCAUCAGCCACAGCAUGGAAUCGGUGGUGUGGUGUGAUAUUGAAGAGAGCGCACGUAGCCGUAUCGUUAUUCGCAUUGUAUAUAGACCAGCGCCCGAUGUGCUAUUGCUACAACAACAGCAACAACAAUCGAUUCAAUCGCAGCAUUCAGACGCCAAUUCGUCAUUUCGACAUUACGACUUCGUGACGAAUCCAGUGACGGCAGCGGAAAUUGUCGAGAAAAUUAAUAACAUCAUCGAAGUACGGUCCAGCUCAAAUCGACGCGAAUAUUUGUCACGACAUCCGAACGCAACCAAAAAGAAAAAAAUCACCUUCUCAUUCAAGUAGAUUGAAAGCGCGCUUUUUAUCGUUCUUCGCCAUUGAAUCGUACGAAAGGGAAAGAGAAAGAGAGAGGGAGGGAGGUAGAAAGAACUAUCCUAAAUUAAUUAUAAGAUUUGUAUUAAUAAAAAAAGAACAUUUUUCGCAAAUUGGGCGCAUAAGCAAAUGGACGAAUUGAGUGUGUUUCACUUUUCAAAGGAGACAAUUUCUUCUUCUCAUCGCUAUUGCAUUUUUUUCUCUCCAAUCUGAUUUCUGCCCGUUUUGAUGACCUUUUUGGAUUUGUUUUUCAUAUGUAUCGAUGAAGCGAUCUUAAAAUUUUGGUCAAUACUACAAUCUUUAGCCGUUUGGCUCACAGAAUCAUUGUAUCGAUUUAAACAGUACCAUGAAGCGUGUUAAGGUAAAUACUUGAAGUCUUAUGAAUAGAGGAAGCGUCAGCCAUAAAAUACUAAGUUUCCCUAUAAUAAAUGGAAACUGAGGAAGAAGUCAUACAAAAUUCCAUCUCAAAUGCUUGUUUAUUUGAUUUUUUUUCCUUCAAGUCAAUUGUAUGCCAUCAUUUCUAUGCCUUUUCUGUAAAUUCAUUUAUUUCUUCGGAUUAAAACACAGAGUAUUCAUUACAUAAAUUUCAAGAUAGCGUAAGAACACGUUAAAAAUGUUAGGAAAUUGUAUUACAGUAAACAUUAAAAAAAGUCAAGUUGAUUUUCAUAUUUUCCGAUUUUUUCGAUUUAACUCAAAAUUUGUCCGACAAAUAAAAUAUGACUUUAGGUGCUUUGAAUAACUAUAGAUGGAAAUGUGGUUUAAUUUUGUGUUUAAAUGUUGAAUCGAAUUUCACCAAAAUCAUGUAAACAAAAGACUACUGCUAGACAUUUAUCUGCACCAAAUGCAGCAUAACUGCGUGCAUAAUGGGAUUAUUUUUGUUCGAUUAGUCUAAUAUUGUUUUAUUUAAAUAAUUGUGAACAUGCAUCAAAUGUACGACUGGGUAUUUUUUUUUUAAAGAUUUAAGUACAAUUUUAGCAAAAUAAAAAAUCUUUCAGAUAAGUUAAUUUUAAAACAAAAGAUUACCUAUUUUUUUCUGUAAAUUAUGAAUAAAAAUAUUAUUGUAAUGAAUAAA